AUGUCUGAAACUGUGAAGACAGGUCUUUUUUAUCGAGACUAUACUUUAUAUGUUGGAGAAUAUAUUGUGUAUGAUGAGGCAAAAAGAGACAAAGAUAUUUUAGAAGAGACUAAAGGGAGCCCAUCUAAAAUUAGUGGGGAAACAAAUACUUCAAAAGGAAAUGAAAAAAAAGAAAAUAUAAUAAUAGAAAAAAAAAAUGGUUACGAUAAUUAUAAGACUAAGGGGGAAGGUGAAAAACAUUAUGAAAUAAAAGAACAGCUAAUAAUUUUACAAGGAAAUGGAAAAUACAUAAAACAUAAUGAAAUAUAUACUGGUUUAUUCAUAAAAAAUGAGUAUAGGAAUGGUAUAUGGGUAAAAUAUAAAAACAUACAUAAUUUAUUUGUUUACAUGAAUUUGUAUGAUGACAUAAUUAACAAAAAUAACGGCAAUAACACCAAACAAAAUGGCGUCAGAAAUUUAAAAAACUGUUUAUAUGUUCCAUUAAAAGAGGUUAAUAUAUAUAUUGGUGAAUUUGAUAAUAAUAUGUUCAAUGGAUUUUCUUUAUAUUAUUUUUAUCCAUUUUUAUAUAUUGGAUAUUUUGUAAACAAUUCAAUGAAUGGAUAUGGAUAUAUGUUUUAUGUUCCAUCGAUAUCAGACGAUGAUUUUAUUUGUUGCUCUGGAAAAAAAAAUAAUAUAUUUUUUUCUAGUAAUUACUUUAGCUUUUUAUCACUAGAAACCUGCAAUAGUCAAAAUAGUUAUAUUAAUAAUUUGAAUAAUAAGGAAAAACCAAAACUCCAAAGUGGGGAAACCCAUUGUAAUAAUAUGCCAGAAAAUAACAACAAUACUGCUAGCCAUAAUUUAUUAUAUAACGUGUAUGAAAAGAUAGAAAAUAUAAUAAAAAAAAAAAGAAAUACUAAUUUAAAAUCCCAAAAUGAAAAAAAUAUUUCUUCUAUAGAUGAAUAUAAUAUGAAAAUUGUCCAAAAAAAUAAAGAAGCUUAUUUCAUUGAAAAAAUUGAAGAAGACAUAUUUAAAGAUUUCAAGCUAAAAAUAAGACGAAAAAACAAGUUAUAUAAAAUAAAGAAAAUUUUUGAUGAAAAUAAAAAAGGAAAUAUAUUUGAUAUAUUGAAAUAUAUUUCUCAUGAUAAUUUAAUUUUUCAAGGAUAUUUUUAUAAUGGUACUUAUUCAACACACUUAAAAAGGCAAAUAUUACACAAAAAAAAGUUUUUAGAAUUAUAUAAAAAUAAAUUUGUUCAAAAAAUUGAAGCUAUUCAAAAGGAUAUACUUAAUGGUUUGUCCCAUGAUGAUCUAAAUAUAAACAAAUAUAAUUCUCUAUAUAUUUUUGAAAAAAAAACAAAAAAUAAUGAUAUCCCAUUUCCCAACAAUACAAAAGCACAUUUGAAAGGUGGGGAUACUGAAGAGAAAGAACGUAUAGACAAACCAAUUGAUAAUGCAGAUAUAUUAAGUCAAACCUUUGCAAAUAUAAUUGACUUAAAUUUAGUUAAACACAUUUUCGAAUUAAUAAAUGAUAAAAGCAUUGAAUAUAAUGUUGAAAUUGUUACUGAUAAAAAAAUUUUUAAGUAUAAAACUAUAUUUAACGAAUUAAAUAUUAAUGAUGAAAAAACAAAUUAUUUUAAUAAGUGCACAUUAAAUUUAUCUGGUUAUUAUCAGCUAGUUGUCUUAAACUUUAAAUGUAAGUCAGAGAAAACCAUUAAUUUGUGUACAAGCAAAGAGAAUAUUCAGAGCGUUUACAAAAUUAAAAUGUUUUUAAUUUCGUCUGAUAAAUCUUCUAUAAUUAAGUAUAAUACAUUUGAUUUAUUUUACAUAUUUAUAUACAUUAAAACUUCGGAUAAAAAAAGUAAAAAUAAAAAUGUGAAAAAAAAAUAG